AUGCGGGGGGGGGAGACCAAACUGAUCCCCUUUUUCUCUAAUUCUCUCCCUUUCUUUAUCUCUCUCUCUUUCUUUCUCUCACUUUCAUUUUCUCUCUUUCUCUCUCUUUCUCUUUCUUUCUCUCUCUCUCUCUAUAUAUAUAUAUUAUUUUUUGGGGGUGUGGGGAAUUGUAAACGCUGUGGUUUUUAUUAUGCGCAUACUCUAUCUAUCUAUCUAUCUAUCUAUCUAUAUAUCUAUCUAUCUAUCUAUCUAUCUAUCUAUCUAAGUUUGUUCAUUAUCUAUCUAUCUAUCUAUCUAUCUAUCUCAGUUUGUUCAUUAUCUGUCUAUCUAUCUCAGUUUGUUCAUUAUCUGUCUAUCUAUCUCAGUUUGUAUCUAUCAUCUGUUCAUCUAUCUAUCUAUCUAUCUAUCUAUCAGUUUGUUCAUUAUCUAUCUAUCUAUCUAUCUAUCUAUCUAUCUAUCUAUCUAUCUAUCAGUCUGUUCAUUAUCUAUCUAUCUAUCAGUCUGUUCAUUAUCUAUCUAUCUAUCUAUCUAUCUAUCUAUCUAUCUAUCUAUGUUAUGCAUUUAUUUAUUUUUGUGUUUGUGUGUCUGCAGGAAUACUCUUGA